AUGGUGAAAACGCCACGAGACGUAGGCGGGUGCGUGGCAUUGCCUUUGCGGCUGCCGUCGACUGAUGCUUUCCCGACAGAGUCCAUUCAUUAUCUGUACCUCAAACCUCAUGACCCCAAGAUCCCCGACGACGAUGCGCGGAGGUCUCUGUUCCUGGUGAACAUCCCGAUAACUACUACAACUCAUUCGUUGAAGCACCUGUUCACGACUCAACUUGGUGGCGGACGCGUAGAAGCAGUCCAUUUUGCCGAGAAUGCGACCGGGAAACCUGUAGGUGAAGCGACAUCCAGUCGCAAGAGGAAGAGGAUGACCGCCGAGGAACUUGAAGCAGGGUUGGACGCACACUCUCUACCGAAGAUUUUCGAUAGUAUGAUACACGAGUCCGGUGCGACGGCAAUCGUGGUCUUUGUGGACCGACCGAGCAUGGAUCUUGCUUUCAAGGCAGCAAAACGAAUAGCAAAAUCUGGCACACCCCUCGAAUGGAGUGGUAGCCUUGACGCUGGUAUCCCACCAUUGGGGUUGAAGAGAUAUGAACACCAUAAACACCUGCAGUACCCUUCACGAAAGGAACUCCUUCGAUCUGUCAACGGGUUCAUGACCGCUUACGCGCAAAUGGAGGAGGCUCGAAGCAGAGAAAAUGCUCGGAAACGACAAAUGCCAGACGAAGAUGGAUUCGUUACCGUCACAAGAGGCUCUAGGGGCGCCGCUCGUCUUGAAGAAACCAAGGAGCUCGUGGAGAAGCACAAGGAGAAGAGCAAGGGUCUGGAAGAUUUCUACAGAUUCCAGAUGCGGGAAAAGAGGAAGGAAGAGCACGCCGAAAUGUUAAAGAAGUUCGAGGAGGACAAGAGAAAGGUGGAAGAGAUGAGGCAGCGAAGAGGAAAAGUUCAGGAUUGA